AGUUGCUCCUUUUUCAGUUCCCUCUGACUCUCUCCGGGUUAAUAUGGUCCUCCUCUGAGAAUACAUUUGGAUGUACUGGAUUUAUUACCGAAAUGUUGCGGGUAGUUGUUGAGUCUGCAUGUGGGAUCCCCAAAAAGAAACUUGGAAACCCUGAUCCGAUUACCACUGUUUUGUUUAGAGGUGACAAGAAGAAAACCAAAGCUGUUGACAAUGAGCUAAAUCCCGUAUGGAAUGAAGUGCUGGAAUUUGAUCUUAAGGGCUCAGCCUUGGAUGCGUCUUCAUUCAUCGACGUGGUGGUGAAAGACUAUGAGACCAUCGGCAAACACAAGUUCAUUGGCUCUGCAAAAGUCUCUUUAAGAGUCUUGGCUGAGGGUCAAGUGAGGUCCCUGCCGUCCAAAAAUGUGCCCUUGAGCAAUGAGAAGCAGCAGCCUAUUGGGGCCAGUAUUAGUUUGCUGAUUGGGUAUGAACCACCUGGGGACGAGGCUGAUGGAGACUUGACCCAAGUGGAUAACGGAGCCUACGAGGAAGGUGACGGAGGGGAUGCUGAUGCGGAGACGGGGGAUCAUGGAAGCCCAGCAGGUCCGGGCUCACCAAAACAGCUUGGGAAAGCGUGCCACAAGUCGUUCCGUGUCAACCGCAAGAGGCACAGAGCCUUGGCUAAUAAGGCCCAGGAUUUCCAGAUUCGCGUGCGAGUCAUCGAGGCUCGACAGCUGCCUGGCAACAACAUCAAGCCUGUGGUGAAGGUGAACUUGUGCGGCCAGACCCACAGAACCCGAAUACGGAAUGGAAAUAACCCAUACUUUGACGAGAUGUUUUUCUACAAUGUUAACAUGCUCCCUUCAGAGCUGUUCGACGAGAGCAUUGGUCUGAGGGUUUAUGACUCCUUCUCCCUCAGAGCUGACAGCCUAAUGGGAGAGUUUAAGUUAGAUGUUGGCUACAUCUUCGAUGAACCUGGUCACGGCAUUAUGAGGAAGUGGCUCCUGCUGAGCGAUCUGGAUGACUCCAGCUCUGGUGCCAAAGGUUACCUGAAAGUCAGCAUUAUUGUCGUGGCGACUGGGGAAGAGCCGCCGACCGAGAGGAGAGACCUGAGUGAAGAACAUGAUGACAUCGAGAGUAACCUUUUGGUGCCGGCUGGAGUCACAAUGCGAUGGGCCACACUCAGCCUCAAAGUGUACCGUGCGGAAGAUAUGCCGCAAAUGGAUGAUGCAUUUGUGCAGACGGUAAAGCAUGUCUUUGGUGGUGAUGGGGACAGGAAAAACUUAGUGGAUCCAUAUAUGGAGGUCAGCUUUGCUGGGAAAAAGCUGUGCACCAAAGUCAUAGAGAGAAAUGCAAAUCCCGAAUGGAAUCAAAUCAUCCACCUCCAAGCCAAGUUCCCAUCCAUGUGUGAACGCAUCAAGUUGACCAUGUUUGACUGGGACCGCCUCAGCAAAAAUGAUGCCAUUGGAACAACAUUCCUGAACCUGAGCAAGAUGUCCUCCGCGGGCGGGGAGGUUGAAGACACACAAGGUGAAUUUUGCAACAGCCUGUCUGAAUCGACCCCUGAAGCAAGUGAGGCUGGUUUCCUGCCAACUUUCGGGCCUUGUUAUGUCAACUUUUAUGGCAGCCCGAGGGAAUUUACCGGACUUCCAGACCCGUAUGACGAACUCAACCUCGGCAAGGGUGAAGGUGUCGCCUACAGAGGAAGGGUCCUUGUUGAGUUGUCCACUCAGCUGGAUGGAAAAGUUGACAGGAGCAUUGAUGAUAUCUCCAGUGACGACAUCCUGGUGGCACAGAAAUACCAGCGGAGGAGGAAGUACUCUCUGUGCGCCGUCUUCCACAGUGCUUGCAUGCUCCAAGAGCCAGGCGAGCCCAUCCAGUUCGAGGUCAGCAUAGGAAAUUACGGUAACAAGCUGGACUCCACCUGCAAGCCUCUGGCGUCCACCACCCAGUACAGCUUUGCCGUGUUUGAUGGUAACCACUACUACUACCUGCCCUGGGCCGACACCAAGCCUGUGGUAACUCUUACGUCCUCCUGGGAAGACAUUAGCCACCGUUUGGACUCGGUCAACAUCCUUCUCUCUGUUGCCGAGCGACUGGAAUCUGACCUGUCCUCUUUAAAAAUGGCCAUCCAAGCUAAGGUGUCCGAGGCGCGACUGCUUGAAAUUUGGCUGAAACUCAUCGACCACAUGCUGGAGGACUUAAAAAGUUUGCAGCUUCCAGACGUGGAGGGCAAGGCUCAUGUGACCACACUGGAUCUUCAAAUGAAGAGCACGCGUGAUGCUGCACUAGAUAUCCUCCGACAGGCGGCCAAUGGCAUGAGAGAGGAAGCAACCGACGUGAAAGCGACUGUCAGUGACAUUGAAGACUGGUUGGACAGAAUCAAGAAGCUGGCGGUUGAGCCCCAGAACAGCAUGCCCGACGUGAUCAUCUGGAUGUUGAGAGGAGAGAAACGUGUGGCUUUCGCUCGCGUCCCAGCCAAUUGCAUCCUCUACUCCAACUUCAGCGAACAGGCUUGUGGCAAACACUGCGGACGGACACAGACCAUCUUCAUGCAGUACCCGAUGGAUAAAAACAAAGGUGUCAAAAUCCCCGUUCAGUUGCGGGUCAACAUGUGGCUGGGCCUCACUGCCGACGAGAAGAAGUUCAACAGCUUCUCCGAGGGAAACUUUAGCGUAUACGCUGAAAUGUACGAAAACCAAGCUCAGGUGUUUGGGAAGUGGGGCACCACCGGCCUGGUCGGGCGCCACAAGUUCUCCAACGUGACAGGAAAAGUGAAACUCAAACAGGAGCGCUUCUUACCACCGCGCGGAUGGGAGUGGGACGGCGACUGGUUCGUGGAUCCCGAGCGCUGCUUAUUGACAGAAGCUGAUGCCGGCCACACAGAGUUCACAGACGAGGUGUUUCAGAACGAAACACGUUUCCCCGGUGGAGAGUGGAAACCUGCUGGAGAGCCCUACACAGAUGUGAAUGGAGAAAAGGCCCAGAGCCCAUCAGAGUUCGAGUGUCCCCUUGGAUGGACUUGGGAGGACGAGUGGACUUUUGACAGCAACAGAGCUGUCGAUGAGAAAGGCUGGGAGUAUGGCGUGACCAUUCCGCCUGACGACAAGCCCAAAUCCUGGGUGGCGGCAGAAAAGAUGUACCAUGUUCAUCGCAGGAAGAGGCUCAUAAGACCCAGAAGGAAAAUAUCUGAUAGAACAGUCAUUGAGAGGCGUGAGACAGGAGAAGGCUGGGAAUAUUCUUCCCUGAUUGGCUGGAAGUUUCACCGGAAGGAACGCUCCUCUGACACAUUCCGCCGUCGACGAUGGAGGAGGAAGAUGGUGCCCUCGGAUCAAAUCGGGGCAUCUGCCAUCUUCCGAUUGGAAGGUGCACUGGGUGUUGAUGUUGACGAGAAGGCCAGCAAAACGGAUGCUGCCAAACUAUUUGGAGCCAACACACCCACAGUUUCCUGCCACUUCAGCCGGUCGUACCUUUAUCAGCUGAGAGUCUACGUCUACCAGGCCAGGAAUCUCUGUGCCAUGGACAAGGACAGCUUCUCAGAUCCAUACGCCCACGUGUCUUUCCUUCACCUGAGUAAAACUACGGAAGUCAUCAAUGCCACCUUGAACCCCACCUGGGAUCAGUCUCUCAUCUUUGAGGAUGUUGAAAUCUACGGAGACCCACAGACCAUCACCCACAACCCUCCAGAUGUUGUGUUGGAGCUUUACGACAGCGAUAAAGUGGGCAAAGAUGAGCACAUGGGUCGCUGUAUGUGCUCUCCAGUCGUGAAAGUCCACCUCAGCGGGGCCGUCAGUCCUAAACUACAGUGGUACCCAGUUACCAAGAAGGGACGCGGUGCUGGGGAAGUACUUCUGGCGGCUGAGCUUCUGCUAAAGGACAAGGCAAAUGAUGGAGAUCUUCCUCUGGCUCCUCCUCGGCGAGGGGAGAAGCUCUACAUGGUUCCUCAAGGAAUCAGGCCUGUCGUGCAGCUCACUGCCAUCGAGGUCUUGACUUGGGGUUUGAGGAACAUGAAGAGCUACCAGCUGGCCACAGUUGCGUCUCCUAACUUGAUCGUGGAAUGUGGCGGCGAGAUCGUUCAAACGGCCAUCAUCAAGAACUUCAAGAAGAAUCCCAACUUUCCUGGAUCUGUCCUGCUCCUCAAAGUGCUUCUCCCCAAAGAAGAGAUGUACACACCUCCCAUCGUCCUGAAGGUCAUCGACCACAGACCCUUUGGAAGGAAGCCAGUAGUGGGCCAGUGCACCAUCGACUGCUUGGAGGUGUUCAGAUGUGACCCGUAUCGAGUCAACAAUGAAGUCUGCAUGUCAGCCAGAGUGGCAAUGAUAGCUGCUCAGGGAGACGUUGUCAUCGACAUAGAGGAGAGACAUACAGACAAAGCUGAGCUUCAAAUUGAGAAGGAAGAGGAAGCAGUAGACUGGUGGAGUAAGUUCUAUGCCUCCAUUGGACUGCAGGAGAAGUGUGGGCCUUACCUGAAAAAGGGAUACGACACGUUGGAGGUCUACGACCGGGAACUAGAACAAGUGGAACAGUUCCAAGGUCUCACCGAUUUCUGCAGCACUUUCAAACUCCUGCGAGGAAAGACGGACGAAGAUGAAGAUGACCCCUCAGUUGUGGGGGAGUUUAAGGGCUCCUUCAAGAUCUACCCGCUGCCUGAUGACCCUGGGGUGCCAUCUCCUCCUCGUCAGUUCAGAGAGCUUCCUGAAAGUGGACCUCAGGAAUGUCUGGUCAGGAUCUAUGUGGUGCGCUGUAUUGACCUUCAGCCCAAGGACACAAACGGCAUGUGUGAUCCGUAUGUGAAGAUUACGCUUGGCAGGAAAACCGUGGAUGACCGGGAUAACUACAGACCAAACACUCUCAAUCCAGAAUUUGGAAGGAUGUUUGAGCUGUCUUGCUUCUUGCCGCAAGACAAGGAUCUGAAGAUUGCCGUGUACGACUACGACUUGCUGAGCCGCGACGAGAAAGUGGGCGAGACGAUCAUCGAUUUGGAGAACCGGUUGCUGUCCCGCUUCAGGUCCUGCUGCGGCCUGCCACAGACAUACUGUGUCUCAGGUGUUAAUCAAUGGAGAGACCAACUGAAGCCUUCGCAGAUCUUCCAGAAUGUGGCCAAGAUUCGUGGUGUUCCUCCUCCAAGCAUCGAUGGAGAUGGAAACUCUCUGUCUUUUGCCGGAAAACAUUACUACCUACAGGAUUUUGAGGCAAACACUGUCACCAACUCUCACUUGGGCCCGGCCCGAGAGAGACUGGCCCUGCAUGUCCUCAGAAACCAGGGUUUAGUUCCUGAGCAUGUCGAGACCAGAACCCUGUGCAGCUCCCACCAACCCAACUUGUCUCAGGGACGGAUACAGAUGUGGGUGGACAUUUUCCCCAAGAACCUUGGUCUGCUGGGGCCUCCAUGUGAUAUCACGCCGCGGAAAGCCAGGAAGUACUACUUGCGUGCCAUUGUUUGGAACACGACAGAUGUCACUCUGGACGAAACAAGCAUCACCGGGGAAAGCAUGAGUGAUAUCUACGUGAAAGGAUGGAUGCCGGGGAUGGAGGAGGACAGGCAGAAGACCGACGUUCAUUACAGAUCCCUGGAUGGCGAUGGGAAUUUUAACUGGAGGUUCAUCUUUGCCUUUGACUACCUGCCUACAGAGCAGCUGUGUGUGGUCUCCAAGAAAGAACACUUCUGGAAUCUGGAUAAAACUGAGUUUAGGAUUCCUCCCAAGCUGAUCGUCCAGAUAUGGGACAAUGACAAAUUCUCUUUGGAUGACUACUUAGGCUCAGUGGAGCUGGACCUCCUCAAGCUGAUCCCUCCUGCCAAAAGUCCUGAAAAGUGCAGCUUGAAAAUGUUGCCCGGGAAGACAGACUCUGACUCCUCCAAGAAAUCGCACUCCAACUCUCUUUUCUCCCAGAAGUCUGCACGAGGCUGGUGGCCGUGCACCAUCGAGCAGGACGGGAACCACGUUCUUGGCGGAAAAGUGGAGAUGACAUUGGAAAUAGUGGAUGAGAAGGAGAUGGAGGAGAGACCUGCUGGGAAGGGCAGAGAGGAGCCCAACAUGAACCCUAAACUGGACUCACCUAGUCGCCCUGACACGUCAUUCUUUUGGUUUACAAACCCGUGUAAGACCAUGAAGUUUAUAGUCUGGCGGCGAUUCAAAUGGCUUUUCAUCGCAGGGAUACUACUCCUGCUAGUGCUACUGUUCUUCGGAAUCCUGUUCUACUCGCUGCCUAACUACAUCUCGAUGAAGAUUGUAAAGCCUUUCUCUUAGGCCAGGGGUCGGCAACCCAAAAUGUUGAAAGAGCCAUAUUGCACCAAAAAUACAAAAAACAUCUUGAGCCGCAAAAAAUAAAAGUCAUAAUACAUACAUUUAAUGGAAGGGUCGGCAACCUUUACCACCUAAAGAGCCAUUUUGACCUGUUUCACAAAAUAAAGAAAACAAUGUGAGCCACAAAACUCUUUUGAAAUUUAAAAUUUUUGCUUUGUGCUAUGUAUUAACCUGGGGUCUCAAGCACCUUAUUAUGAAAAUAUAAUGUUAAUGCGGCCCGCAAUUUUUAAAUUAAUGCCGCUUGACAGCAUCAUACUUUACAACCCUCCCAAACUUUCCGGGAUACCCCCGAAUUUCAGAGCUACUAUCCUCGCGAAUGUUUGCUGAUUUUCGCUCCAACAGCAAUAAUACAGGCGUGCUGUGUAGGCGCUGCCUUUGUCGCCCUCUACAACAUGUACAAAUAUCUAGCACAGCCCUACCACGUGUCGUAUGUGACUUCUACAGACACACUCAGAUGACUGCAAGGCAUACUUUUUCAACAGCCAUACAGGUUACACUGAGGGUUGUGACAUAAACAACUUUAAGACUCUUACCAAUAUGCACCACACUGUGAACUCACACCAAAAAAGAAUGACAAACACAUUUCUGGAGAACAUCCUCACUGUAACACAACAUAAAUACCCAGAAUCCCAUACAUCCCUAACUCUUCCGGGCUACAUUAUACACCCUUGAUAGCACCAAAUCCGCCCCACCCCUCCCUCCGUGCGUCGGUUGAGGUGGGCAGGGUUGGAAGGGGCGGGAUUUGGUGUUAGCGGGGGUGUAUAAUGUAGCCCGGAAGAGUCAAGGAUGCAUGGGAUUCUGGGUAUGUGUUAUCUUGUGUUUAUGUUGUUACAAUGCAGAUGUUCUCCAGAAAUGUGUUUGUCGUUGUUUGGUGUGGGUUCACAGUGUGGCGCAUAUUAGUAAGAGUGUUAAAGUUGUUUGUAUCACGACUCUGUGUAACCUGUAUUAGAUUAGAUUAGAUUAGAUAGUACUUUAUUUAUUCCGUCAGGAGAGUUCCUUGAGGAAAAUUAAAAUUUUCAGCACAAUCCCAUUCAAGAUCAGACAAACACUACAGGGAGACAGAACAGGAUCGCUGACGGGUCUGCCGGCUUCCAGCGCCCCUUACAAAAAAGGUGAUACAGGUAAAAGGGGGGGGAUUAAAAUAAAAUAAAAAAAUCGGUCUAAGCCUGGGCCCUUGGAGAGGGGGUGCAGACUGAGGCCAAGGGAAGAAAAAAAAAACAGCAACUCAUAGCCCUCCUACAUGUGUGUAAGAGGGAAACAUCAAAGAACACAGAGGACAUUAAAGACAUUAAAGCAGCAGACACUUCUACAUACAGCUAUAAAUAAAAAGUAAAAGAAACAUAUCCACUGUGGUGGCCUCUGCGGUGUUCCACGCUAUCGUCCGCUGGGGUGGAGGGAGCAUGGCCAGAGACAGGAGCAGACCCAACAAAGCAACCAAGACAGCCGACUCCACUAUGUAUGGCUGUUGACCAAGUCAAGUAUGCCUUGUAGUGUGUCAGCAAAGGCUGCAAACUACGUGUGACCGACUGGCACACAGACAGCGUUGUUCAAUAACGGGCGUGAUGACAAGUUUUAGAGAACUGUUACGGUAUUGCCAUCAGGGCACGGCCUCAAUAUUAUCCACUAAGUGAAAAUCGGAUAAUGUUGUCCCUAAUCUCCGGGAGAGGUAUUAAACUCCGAAAGUCUCUCAGCUGAGCCACAUUGGUGCGACCAAAGAGCCGCUGGUUGCCGACCCCUGAUAUAGUGUGUCAUGAGAUAUAAAAUGAAUUUUGAGGACUUAAAGGAAACUAAAUGAGCUCAAAUAUACUUACAAAUGAGGCAUAAUAGCAUGUUAGCAUUGAUUAGCUUGCAGUCAUGCACUGACCAAAUAUGUCUGAUUAGCACUCCACUCAAUAACAUCAACAAAACUUAUCUCCGUGCAUUCACGCGCAACGUUAAAAGUUUGGUGGACAAUAUGAGACAUUAAAAAAAGUGGCAUAAAACACGUCCUAGAAAGUCGGAGAAAGUUACACAUGUAAACAAACUACGGUGAGUUCAAGGGCCGCCAAAAUUAGUAGGACAAAGCGGCGCUCGCCAAAUAUUCCAAUCAGUGAAGCAUGUUUAAUAUAAACAGUGUGCUCUAUAACAAUUAGGGAGGUUUGUGUCAUUUUUGUCGUCCUACAGAAACCAUAUUAAAACAAAAAAUAUGUUUUUUUUCCCCUCAUCUUUUUCAGUUUUUCAUAUAAUUUUGAAAAAGCUUCAGAGAGCCACUAGGGCGGCGCUAAAGCGGGUUGCCGAGCCCUUAGGCAAACGUCAUUACUGUGAUUGUCCUUUCGAGCAACAUGCAUGCAUUUAGAUUAGAUUAGAUUAGAUUAGAUAGUACUUUAUUCAUUCCGUCAGGAGAGUUCCUUCAGGAAAAUUACAAUUUUCAGCACAAUUUGUACUGCUUCAUGUCACAAACACAACUUCAGACCGGUUUGUAUCAUUUGCACUAUCAUGACAUGUUUGUUGCCCAUUUCGAACACCGCCAAAUGUUUUGAAAGAAAUCUAUAAAAGUUAUAUUUGACCUCU